CGUUCGCUGAUAAAGCGCUGCGCGCACCGUUCGAGUGACGUCGCCGUCUACCGCCAAGAAUAUAGUGAUCCAUAGGGUCGGUGAUUGAUCAUGGUGCCCACCACGUGGUGUAUAGUAGCAGCAUCGUUGUAGCUAUAUAGUUACUCUUAACUGUAUUCACAUAAUUACAUUAAACUUUUUGUUUUUGCAUGUUAGAGACCAAAGCGUGUGAGUGAUAGUGUGCGAAAACCAACGGUGAUGGUGCGUGGCCGCGGACAUUUUUGGCGGUCCGCCGCUGUCGUUUUACUCUUUACUUGUCUGUUUUUCAUCCGAUCAACUGACCAGGCAGCAUGCAGGGGAUGUAAAAAUCCGUUCAUAUGCGAUUGUAAAGGUAUUGUUGGCGAACCCGGCGAUAAGGGUGUAUACGGCUCACAAGGCGUAGAAGGAAAUCCCGGAGAAACAGGACCUGAUGGACCGUUUGGACCCAAAGGAGAAAAAGGAUCUAUUGGAGAAUGGGGUGAUGCAGGACCAAAAGGAGAAAGAGGUGAUUCUGGUCCACAAGGGUUACUUGGCACAGAUGGAAAUCCAGGAUAUCCAGGUAUAAAGGGACUUUCAGGCCCAAAAGGUCUUGAUGGAUGUAAUGGAACCAAAGGUGUUGAAGGUAAACCAGGAAAUGUUGGCCUUGUUGGUGAAAGAGGAUUACCUGGAAUUGAUGGCUUUCCUGGUUUACGUGGUGAUCCUGGUGAUGGUGGUGCUAAUAGUAAAGGCGUUAAAGGUGAAAUAGGUAAUUUUGGAAAUGCAGGAAGAAAGGGUAUACCUGGUUAUCCAGGUAGUGAAGGACCAUCUGGCGACAUUGGUAUUCCUGGACCACAGGGACCUGACGGUGAAUCUGGUUUUAUUGGAGAAAAAGGAGAUGAUGGAGAUGCUAAAAUUGGACAAAAAGGUAUUUCUGGAGAUGAUGGUGAUCGUGGAGGGCCUGGACCUCCAGGCGAAGUCUUUGGCCAUGGACCUGUAAUACCAUCAGAUGAAACUGCAGACAGGGGACCAAAAGGAGAAAAAGGACCUAAAGGAGAGACUGGUAUUAGAGGACCAACUGGUGAUAUGGGUUUCAAAGGAAUGAGGGGCCCUGCUGGAUAUGAAGGCAUUAAAGGAACUAAAGGCAUACAAGGGAACGUCGGUCCACGCGGAAAAGAUGGAAAACUUGGACCUUUUGGACCUAGUGGUAUAAAAGGUGAUAAAGGUGCUCCAGGAUAUGCUGGCUUGGAUGGUUUAGAUGGAGAAAAAGGUGAAUCUGGUGAACUAGGACGACCUGGGUUUCCAGGGGUACAAGGUUCAGAAGGAGAACGUGGCUUGUAUGAUCCAACAUUAGACCAAAUACAAAUUGGUGCUGAAGGGCCACAAGGCCCUAUAGGAGAACAAGGUCCUCCAGGUUAUGAUGGGAUACCAGGAAAAGAUGGUCCACCAGGGCUUCAGGGUCCUGCAGGUGAACCAGGAGUUCCAGGUAUUUCCGGAGAAAGAGGACCAAAAGGUUUAUCAAUAAAUGGAGAAAAAGGAGUAGACGGAGUACCAGGACCAAUUGGAGAACAAGGGCCACAUGGUUUUCCUGGACCUGUUGGAGCUUGGGGUGAAAAAGGCCAACCCGGAACUACGGUAUAUGGACCUCGAGGUGAAAACGGGCUCCCAGGUUAUGACGGAAACAAAGGGCUUCCGGGUGACCGUGGUGAUCAAGGAUUUAAAGGACAAAAGGGAUUGCCAGCAACACGGCCUGGACAGAGACUAAUUGGUCCAAAAGGUGAACCAGGUCUUCCAGGAUUUCCUGGUAUACCUGGAACUCCUGGUGUUCCUGGUUAUGCUGGUUUAGAUGGAAAGAAAGGUAUUCGUGGAGAUGAUUGUGGUUAUUGCCCUCCAGGCCUUCCUGGUUUACCAGGUGAUCGUGGAGAUGAUGCACCUAGUGGAUUGCCUGGCCCACCUGGACCUAUUGGUUUAGUUGGAGAAAGAGGGUCAAAAGGAAUAACAGGACGACCAGGUUUACAAGGUGCCAAAGGAGUAGAGGGAAGACAUGGAGCUCACGGAAUUGAGGGCAUGCCAGGUAAUAAAGGAGAAAAAGGAAGUGUUAUCUUCCCUGAUAACUUAUUAACACUCAUUGCUGGGGAAAAAGGUCCUAAAGGAUAUUCUGGCAGUAGAGGCCCUGAUGGACUUCAAGGACCAGAAGGACCUUCAGGACGUCCUGGAAUUCAGGGUAUGAUGGGUCUAAAGGGCUUAUACGGAGAACCCGGUACUUCUGGGUUAGACGGUUCGCCUGGUGAACACGGUCAACCAGGUCAAAAAGGAGAACCAACUGACAACUUAAACUACGUUAGUUUGAUUGGAGAUCCAGGAUAUCCAGGCACACCCGGAAAGAAAGGAGACAGAGGAGAGUCAGGAAUAAAAGGUGUGUCAGGAGAUUCCCCUCCAGCAUUGCAAGAAAUAAAAGGGGAAAAAGGUAUUAAAGGAAUACGCGGUGACAAAGGUUUCAUAGGUCUUAAAGGACAAAUGGGUUCAUCGGGUGAUCAAGGUGAUAUUGGUCUUCCUGGAUCAGCUGGCUUGCAAGGAAUUGAAAUAGAAGGGCCUCAAGGCUUAAAAGGCUAUCCAGGAACAAUUGGAGAUCAAGGCUUAAAGGGAGAAAGAGGACUGUCGGGAACACCUGGUUUACCUGGAGAACCAGCUAUGCCGGGCCAAAAAGGAGAUCGUGGUGACCCUGGACAAAGUAUUUUGUAUGGAGAACGUGGUGACUGGGGUACUAAAGGUGUAAAAGGAGAACCAGGUGCUGAAGGUACUCUUGGAGCUAAAGGAUAUCCUGGUUUUGGUGGAGUAGAUGGUCUUAAAGGUCAAAAAGGUAGCCCAGGAAUAACUGGGGCUGCUGGUAAAGCUGGAACAAAAGGAGAACAAGGUAUUAGUAUUCGAGGACGACUUGGCUUCCCAGGAAUACCUGGAGCUCCUGGUUUACCUGGUGCCUUUGGAAAUCCAGGAUCAAGAGGAGUUGACGGAGAACUUGGCGAUGAAGGAAUCAAAGGUGUUAGAGGUGAUUGGGGAGCAACUGGACCUAGAGGAAUUGAUGGUGAUUUGGGACCACCUGGAAUAUCUGGGAGACCAGGAGUUAUAGGCAAAAUAGGUGAUUUGGGUUUAUCCGGCGAUGUUGGUGAGACUGGUUUAGAAGGUGCUAAAGGUGUGGUAGGAAGACCUGGAAUCAUCGGAUUAACUGGCGAAAAAGGAUUCCGAGGAGAUUAUGGUUUGGAAGGCGCUCGUGGUUUGGAAGGAGAGAUUGGAGAAAAAGGUGUUAUAGGAGAUCGAGGUCUACCAGGUCUUGUUGGUAUUCCAGGAGAUUAUUCAUUUAGUGGACCAAAAGGCGAUAUUGGUGAACCUGGAAGAAAUGGCGAAAUUGGUCCUACUGGUAUAGAUGGUUAUGAUGGUGCUAAAGGUAUACGAGGAGACAAUGGUACAAUUACAUAUGGAGAUACGGGUGAAAAAGGUUCUAAAGGAGAACCUGGAAUCGACGGAAAUCCUGGCUAUCCUGGGCGUCCUGGUUUAAUUGGCGAUCUAGGAUAUGCUGGAAUAAAGGGUAUCAUUGGAGACGAAGGUCCUAAAGGUUUUCCAGGACUAAAAGGACGAUCAGGAAUUAUCGGCUUACCGGGAGUCUCUGGUCCUCCAGGACUUUCUGGUGUUAAAGGUAUUAAAGGUGAUCGUGGUUGGGAUGGUAUUCCUGGGGAUAUUGCAAAACCAGGUCUUCCUGGAGAUACAGGAUAUGGAGGAGAUGUUGGUCCUCGGGGACCAAAAGGACCAAAAGGAUUAUCUGGUGAUCCUGGCUAUGAAGGAUAUUUAGUUGGAACAAAAGGAGAAAGAGGAGAAAAAGGUUACACACCCCUAACUGGUGAACUAGGGCCACGAGGAGCACCAGGUUUCAAAGGACCUAAGGGAACUAAAGGAGCAAUGGGUGACUUUGGUUCUAUUGGACAAGUAGGAUAUCCUGGAAAUCCUGGACCAAAAGGAGAAAUCGGAGAUGUAGGUUUACCUGGGUUGCAAGGUUUACCUGGUAUAAAUUCUGAACCAGGGGACAUGGGAAGGCCAGGAUUUGAUGGUGAACCAGGACGACCAGGAAUUGAUGGUCAAAAAGGAGCUCCAGGAGAAUAUGGAGAUGAUGGAGAAAAAGGUUUAACGGGAGCUCCUGGUAUUAGUCCAAAAGGUAUUAGAGGACCACCUGGUCCAAGAGGAAUAUCUGAACCUGGUAGGCCAGGUGUACCCGGUCCACCUGGUCUUGAAGGUAAACCUGGUUUACCCGGUUUCAAGGGUGAUCACGGUGAAUCCGGAAUUGCAUCAUUUGGAAUAAAAGGAAAUAGAGGUGAUGUUGGUCUUCCUGGUUUUAUUGGGCUUAAUGGUGAACAAGGAGAUACUGGAGAAUAUGGAAAUGAAGGCGAAAAAGGUUUACCUGGCGAAAAGGGACCCCAAGGAAUGUCAGGACAGCCAGGAAUUCCAGGUGUACAGGGUUCACCAGGAUUAAAAGGAUUAAAAGGAGACUUUGGAGAUACACCCUGGUAUAAUGAAACAGAUCUUAUAGGAAAGCGUGGAGAUCAAGGCGAUGUUGGAAUGCCAGGAUUACCUGGUCGCCCUGGAGAAGAUGGCCUUAAUGGAAUUGAAGGCGUGGAAGGUGAAACAGGUGAAAUAGGUUCUAUUGGUUUUGAAGGACCUAGAGGAUUGAAAGGUCGCAAAGGAAUGGCUGGACUUCAAGGAGCACCUGGCCGAACUGGAUCAAUAGGGUAUCCUGGACGACCCGGUUCACCCGGUGUCCCUGCUCCACCUACUAGGUCUCCACCGCAUAGAGGAAACUUCUUUACUUACCAUUCUCAGAGUGAACUAAUUCCCGAUUGUCCUAAAGACACUGUCAGACUUUGGUCAGGCUACUCACUAUUACAUUUUAUGGGUAAUGCUAAAGCGCAUGGUCAAGAUUUAGGUGCACCUGGAAGUUGUUUAAAACGAUUUAAUACAAUGCCGUUUUUGUUCUGUAAUCUGAAUGAGGUAUGUGAUUACUCUAGUAGAAACGAUUAUAGUUACUGGCUCAGCACAACAGAACCAAUGCCUAUAAUGAUGACACCAAUUAUUGGACAAGAUAUUUCUAGAUAUAUUUCAAGGUGUUCUGUUUGUGAAGCUCCUACUAGAGUCAUUGCUGUACACAGUCAGUCAGUUUCUAUACCUGAAUGUCCAACAGGCUGGAGUGAAUUAUGGAUCGGAUACAGUUUUAUAAUGCAUACUGACGCUGGUGCUGAAGGAGGUGGUCAGUCGCUUGUGAGCCCUGGAUCGUGUUUAGAAGACUUUAGACCUAGACCAUUUAUCGAAUGUCAUGGUCUUGGAAGAUGUAAUUAUUUCACAACAGCCUAUUCAUACUGGUUGUCUACGAUCGAAGAUCGUGAUAUGUUUAGAAAACCUAGACAACAAACUUUAAAAGAGAGCUCAUUGAAAACACGAAUUAGUAGAUGUGCUGUGUGUUUAAGAAAUCGUCCGUGAUUAACUUGCGAAGUAAAAUAUUACUUAUGUGUAGGUCAUUAUUAUAAUCAUUAACGCUACUAUUUCUUUAUUAAAAUUUAAUGUAUACCACAAAAA